UGUAGAAGUACUAUAAUGGCAGAAAACAGUAAAAGGAAACCUCGAAAGUCUAAAUUAGUGCUCCGAGAGUGUGAUUUCGAUGACGACAGGAAAGAUGAAACGAAGAACCCAAAAUCGGCCUUAUCAAACAUAUUAUCAAAAAUCGAUAAGAAUACGUCACCAGAAAAAUCCAAUAUCGAAGUCUCCGUAAGUGUUGAAAUAGAAAGAGAUACACAGGAUGAAUAUACCAAUGCUAACUUGCCGUAUAGAAAACCAGAGAGGAGAAUCUUUACAGAGUGUCUUCUACCAGAGGAUACCUUAAAAGAGGAAACUAUGAAACUUGUGGAAAGUUCUACAAGCACUCCGGAUAAAAUAAUUGAAAUUGAAAUACGUAACAAUUGGGGUAAAUUUGUGCAACCUGGAGAAGAACAAAAUGAUGAAUAUGAAUCAAUGAUUCAGACAGCGCUUUGCAGCUUUAAACAGUGGAAUUAUCAAUCGAGAGUACGUGAAAGCAUUUUGGCAUACAAGUGUUACAUUUGUAACAUUGGGUGGUGGCAACUGACACAUUUUAGGGCCCAUAUAAAACAACACAAAGACAUAAAAGUGAAUAUUGAACCUUCUCAUCACGAAUGUUAUAUUGUUGCCUUCUAUAGUGAGCAGGGAUCGAUGCGAGCAGUCCAAAUUGAUGGAGUAUGUCGUUAUUGCCUGAGAGCAUCAAGUGAACAUGAAUUUAUGAAACGAAAUAUCAUGUCAUAUUUUUGUGAGGGUUGCGAUGGACGGUUCUUCACCUGUGCAGCCCUCUUUAGCCAUGAAGGAACUUGUGGACGGUUUCAAAAGAUACUACUACAGAAUAAUAUACUAAAUGAUUACUCUACAUGCCAAAUUUGCAACACAAACUGUCUGACACAGGCCAGAUUCGAACAGCAUUUAAUUUUAAGGCAUUCUGUAUAUUCCGAUGAACCUUUGUCUUAUUUCUGGCCUGCAUCCCGGGCCUGUCAUAAAUGUAGCUUAAAGUUCUUCAUGUAUUGUAUACACAUAUGUCCUAAAAAAUUUGAAAAUAUAUCGUGUGUGCAUUGCUACAGAAAGUUUCAGCAUGCGUGGAUGCUGGAUAUCCAUCUAGCUACGAAUAAUAGUACCAUUAAUUGCAGAAUAUGUAACAAAGGUAUAAAACAAUGUAGCGAAAUUGAACAUAUGUUGAAACAUACUGACACAUAUAAAUUGGCAUAUAAAUGUCAAAGAUGCGAGAGAAACAUUCUGUUCCCCAAUGAUCACUCAGCAAGAAAACAUUGUGAAUUACAACAUUAUUUAAGAUGUGAAAUGAAAAUGAAAGGAUUCCUUUUGGUUCUAGUGCCUAGACAAAUAUUACUUGACCACUCUCACCUAAUGGACUUGUCAGUCAAAGUACGGAAUGAACCUGCGAAAUCAACUGAACAACCAAUAAUACCCGAACUAGUGCCAAUUAAGAGUCGUCCAAUAAAACUUCCGCAACUGAACGUGGCGAAAUCAAAAACAGGCUUGGUUAAACCUAUCGUUAAUAAUCAAAUGAAAAAUCUGGAAGGCGCCUGCAGUAAAAGUAUUCAGGACCAAAACCGUAAAAUAAUUACGAGAGAAAACGUACAAGAAUAUUUAUUGAAAGACCUAAUGGAACAGGAGAAAGCACUUGACGAGGAAACAACACUUGAACACGACAAAAAAAUACUUGAUCACGAUUAUAUCAGGAAUUCAUUUCGUUGUAAUAAUGCAGAAUAUAUGAUUGAUGAUAUUAAGCAAGAACCGAAAGACCAACGCCGUAGUGAUUUACUAAAAGUCAUUAAAAAAGAAAAUAUAGAUCAAGAUUAUUUGAAUGAAGAUAAGAAAGAUAUAACAGUCAAGCAAGAUAAAGAUAACUUGCACAUUGUAAGGAUAAAAACUGAGCCAUUAGACAAUAUAGUACUUUACCCGGAUUAUAAUAUGACUAACAUUGCAGUAAAAGAAGAAAAGGUUGAAAAUGACUUGUCAAAUGUGUUCCAAGUGUCAAAAGAUAUUGCAAAUGUAUUUCAAGCUUCCACAAGAAUCACUGGUGAAGUUCAAGAAUUUGUUAAGGAAGAACCAAUGGAUGAUUUUGAUUAUGAGGAUGACAUUAUUAUGUUAAGUAAUGAGAAUUUCACUAUUGUAGAACAUCCUUUAAUCAAAUCAAAUGAAGAUUGUUCUCGUGAAGAUAGUUCAGCUAAAAUACAGUCGAAUGAAUUUCAAGAAGAUCUGUCAAAAUUUGAACCCGAAAUAAUUGUUACAAACCAAAGCCCGAGUAAAAUGAUUGAACCUGAUUUGAAAAUUGCUGCAAAGAAGCAGAACGUACAGAGCUUGAAAGCAAACGAAGAAUUGAAAAAGAAAAACGAACAAUUAGUGACAGAACAUGAAGAGUUAAUGAAGAAAAACGAUGACUUAAUUAAAUCAAAUAAAAAACUGUCAAUGGAAGAAGAUAUAGAUUUAUUGAAACAAAAUGAACAGCUAUUCAUUGCUAAUGAGAAAUUAGCUACUAAUAAUGUGGCGUUAAAUUCACAAAAUGAGGAAUUGAGAUUAAAAAUUGACGAAUGUAAUGCAAUAUGGCGAGGAAUUGGCAAAUGUUGCAUGUAUAAGUGUAAAGAUUGUCAAGAGAAAGUUUUAUUGAGAGACUCAUUCCGCCAUUUUGAAAGUCAUUUAAUACUUGAACCUGCUACAAGUAAACCUGACAAUGAUGAACAAAUAAAUCGAAAAAACGGAAUUGUCGAUGCGAGCAUCUUGUCACCAGAAAUAAUUCAUAAAAUCAUUGACAUCCUGAAGGCCCCGAAGGCAUCUUUCGUCCAUUCUCUUUUAAAAAAAUGUGUAGUUUGCGAACGCGUAUUCGACCGUCGAAACGACAGCAAACGACAUUUAAUCGAACAUAUGUUGAGAGACGCUUAUGCCAGUCUUCAUGAGCACCGUGCUCUGCAGUGUCAGCUGUGCCACAUGAAGUUUGACAAGUCGGGCCUGUACAAACAGCACAUGCGAGACCACGCUGGGCUGCCACUCUACAAGUGCGAGCUCUGUGACAAGUCAUUCAGCGAUUCGUCGAACUUUGCCAAGCACAAGAAAGUGCACAACUUCGAAGUUUUGAUCUGUGACAUGUGCAAGAAAAAGUUUCAUUCCAAGCAUCAAAUACAGAAGCAUAUGGCGAUUCACCUUUCAACGGAGCCAAUACAGUGCAUAGCCUGUAACCGUGUCUUCUAUACACCAUUUCAAUACAAAAAACACAUGCGGGAACGGCACACUAGGCAGAAGUUCAUAUGUAUACUAUGCAGAGAGAGAUUUGAAACUCUCAAACAGAAAUGGGACCACAUGUGGGAGAUACAUAAGCAGAGGAAACACAAGGCGGAUUGCCCUGUUUGUGAUCGUUCAUAUCGCAAGUUCCAAGACGUACGCAACCAUAUCAAGCUGGAGCAUAAAAUGGACGUCACCACUCUUACGCUUGUUAACACGAAAAAUUGUGAUGCGUCGCCGAGCACCGCAAUUUUAAAAAACGCCCGUGAAGUUUUGAAGACCAGCUCAAUUGACCAGCAGCCGAAAGAGACGUUGCUGGUGUACGAUUCACCAUAAGGCUGUCCUUUCCUCAAGUUCACUGUGUAAAGCUGUACACAGGUGUAUUAUUGACAUAUUUUUGUGAAAUAACUACAUUAGAAAAACUUUUUCUCGAUAAUCUUAAUAAAAACUAGUGCUGGCUGCGGUGAAGAAGGUUCUAAAAUCUCUCACUAGAUAUCACAAGCGCGGUUCAGAAUGCCGAAAAAUCCAGUACAAAUAUCUUUUACAAAAACACAUAUAAUUGACCCGUAGCUCAGUUGUUAAGAGCAAUGCUACGGUGCAGUAUUGUCGUGAGUUCCAAGUCCCAUUGGGUCGAAAAAGUUUUUGUGUGUUCGAUUUUUGUAUGAAUAAUCAUAAUAUACACAGGUGUUUGUAAAGCGAGAUUUGUUGUAAUCAAAUGUUUACGGACACAUCUAGCUGAAAUUACAACGCUAAAUUGCGUAUGUACAUAUUUAUUUUUAUAAUAUGUUUUUACUAUCAUAACGCCUUCAAGUUAGAUGCUUAUGGAAACGUUGCAGUAUGGCCACAGUCGUGAUACGUGCACGCCCCUUUUCCAGUCACAAAUAGCAUGGUCAGUCAUAUAAUAAUUGAUUCCAUAGGUAAAAUUUUUACACUUGAAAAUGUAAUUUUUUUAACCUACUGCUCGUUCACUGUGCCGACUUCACUGAGAAGAACGAGGAAGAAACUCUAGGGAUUGCUUUUUUUUUUCAAAUAAAUGGCGCAAGAAAAAUUUACAAAAUAAAUUCAUCGCAUCAGAACUGCAUCAGGUAAAUUUUGAUAUUCUAAUGAUAUUCGGAUAGGAAUAUUCACUAGGAAAACAAUAACAUAUGAUUUGUAUCGUAAAUUUGGAACCUAAUCAGAAUUUUAUGCAUUUUUCUGUUGUUUUUUUCUGAUAUUCAUAAUUGUAAAAUAUUACGGAAAAUCAUUACUACCUUAGCGCCUGUAAACAAAGGGUUAGCGAACUAAAAGUUACCAUGGCGACAGUGGCGCCACUGCAGUGCUUAUAUAAGCGUCUAAUUUGAAGGAGCCCUAGUAUAUUUAAAUACCUCCGUGGUCGAGAGGCUUGCUCGCCGGUUUUCAUGGUGUCGCCAUCUCUGAGGUCCCAGGUUCUACCCUCGGCCGGAUUUGAAGAAAACUAACUUUUCUAUAUUGUCACGGGUGUAGGUGUUUGUGGCACCGUGCUUUUAAUUUUACCAAAAUAAUUAUGAGUUAAAAUCAAAUACUAUCUGUGCACUUCUCCGUAAUUGUAUUACGACGAAAUAUAUUGCUUUUUUUAAAUUGUACAAUAAUAUAAAUAAUAAUAAAAUCAAAUUAUAUAUACUGAAUGUUAGGUAAAGAAAAACGAACCUUAAAAACAUUAGUCUGCCGCCGUUAGUUGAAAGGGCGCUUGUGACAAAAACCCCUUCCUUCCCCUUUCAAUCACCGGGGGAAUAGGCGCAGGCUGUGGUUCCACUCCCAUUUUGUGGAUAUUCCAAUAAUUCGCUUGAAGCGUUUCGCUUCCACAUUUAUAUGGCGAACGACUAUGGAGUGGAAUUCCCUGCCUGCAGACGUGUUCCCUGAACGCUAUAACUUGG